GUCAAUAAAGCUUUAAUGGCUAUACAUGGCUUUAGCUUUGAAACAACCUUAACCGGUCUGCAUUUCGCAACGACGACACUCAUGAGUCAUGACAGUUGUUCUAAGAUGUCUAGGCUACAUUCAGCCAUCUCAUCUUCCAUUUACAGAGCUUCUUAAGAUUAUCCUGUUUGCAAACUUUUCGAUCGCUGGAAUGAACGUUAGUCUUAUGUGGAACUCCGUUGGGUUUUAUCAAAUUGCAAAGCUCAGCAUGAUUCCUGAAUCUUGCUUGUUGGACGUUGUGCUAGAUAAGAUUCGUUACUCGAGAGACACGAAACUUAGCAUAGGACUUGUUCUUGUGGGUGUUGGUGUUUGCACUGUUACAAAUCUUAGUGUAAACACCAAAGGCUUCGUUGCUGCUUUCAUUGCUGUGUGUACUGUUUUGCAACAAUACUAUGUACAUUUUCUUCAAAGAAAGUAUUCGCUUAGCUCAUUCAAUCUAUUGGGUCAUACUGCUCCAGCACAGGCUGCGACAUUGUUGAUAGUUGGACCUUGGUUGACAAACAUACGAGUAGACAUGUAUGACUACAACUUUGUCUCUGUGAUGUUUAUUACCCUCUCGUGUACAAUAGCCAUCGGGACAAAGCUGAGCCAGUUCAUCUGCAUGGGGAGAUUCACAGCGGUGUCGUUCCAAGUCUUGGGGCAUAUGAAGACUAUCUUGGUGCUGAAUGGCUUCUUCUUCUUUGACAGAAAUGGUAUAAACCUGCACGUGGUUCUCGGCAUGGUCAUUGCAGUACUCCGGAUGAUGUGGUAUGGUGAUGCCUCGUCCAAGCCAGGUGGUAAGGAGAGGAAGAGUUAUACUCUUCCAACGACCAGACAACAAAAACAUGGAGCUGAUUCUGAUAAGGCUCAUUUAAGUUAUUCUUUUAUAGCUUUUAAAUUAAAAGUUUUAAUCAUAUAG